UACUCUGAAGGAGUAAACGUGACUUCCUUGGCCCACGGUUUCCCCUGUAGCCGUUUGUGUGCUAAGCUAACCUGUAGCUUAUUCUUCACAAUGGUUGAUUUAGUCACUUUUAAAACCCAGGUGAAGAUCAUCGUUAAUAACUUGACUCAGACGCUAAUCGCGCAGAUUUUUACCGCGGCGGAAAAAACGACGUUAAAUAUACAAAGUCCCAAAGCUCAGGAGAAACUGGGAGCUCUGGUGGACGCUCUGUGUGUUGAAGCUGUGGAGAACAUCUUGCAGGUUGUGGUGGGGGCUGUUGAGCAGCAGGAGAAGACUCCAGGAGACCGGAGGGAUGGUUCUGAUGUGAUGAAGACGCAGAUUCAUGAAGGUGACAACGCUGGUGGUGAACAAACCUACAUCCUGGUUUACGGGAGCGCUGCUGUCGCCUCCACGUGUCUGGUGGUGUCCCUGCAGGGCGGCGCCGGGGCUGGUGGUGAAGAUAAAACCACUGAGGUCCCAGGUGAAGUGACGACUCUCCCUCACUCCUCCCCCGCGGAUUUCCCCGACCACGAGUACGCUCAGGCGUCCUCUCCUCCGCCCGGCCCCCCCGCAGCAGAGGAGGAGCCUGCAGCACCCAGCAGGAAGCGGCGCCACAGUCGCAGGAAGAAGGACACAGCGACCGAACGGUCAUCAGAGAUUCACCACGAGUGCUCACGGUGCGGGAAGUUGUUUCCAAACUCAGAGCGACUCUCCGACCACCACAGGAAGUCUCACCCCGUGUGUUCCGUGUGCAGGGAGCAGUUCAGUGGCGUCCUGAGGCUGCGUGAACACGAGCGCACGCAGCACGGGCUGCUUCCCCACACCUGCGACUUCUGUCCCAAGAGAUUCAACCACAAAGCUCAUCGCAACCUGCACGUGAAGGCGCGACACACGGGGGAGAAGAGCUGCCACUGCGACGUCUGCGGGAAGGGCUACUCCUGCGUCAGCCUGCUGAAGACGCACAGGAUGACGCACUUCGACAAGACCUUUAUCUGCGACAUCUGCGGGAAGAGCUUCUAUCACGCCUGCCACCUGACACGCCACAAACUGGUGCACCAGGACGUGCGGCCGUUUCAGUGCUCCCACUGCGGGAAGGGCUUCACCCAGGCCGCCAACCUGCACAGCCACCAGGCGAUCCACACCGGAGAGCGACAGCUCUGCUCCAUCUGCGGGAAGAGCUACCGCUGCCUGAAGAAUCACGUCAUCAGCAAACACUCGCAUGAGCUGCCCGCCGACGAGCUGCUGGCCAGAGACAACAUCAUCACAUGUGAGGUCUGCGGCAAGAAGCUCCCCAACCUCUCGCAGCUCAAAGUUCACCAGAGGAGCCACACGGGGGAGAAGCCGUUCCACUGUGACCUCUGUGGGAAGAGCUACCGUCUGAAGGAGCGGCUGAGGGACCACAGGUACACACACAGCGGCACAAAGCCGUACAGCUGCUUGCUCUGCUCCAAGACCUUCAACAUGGCGUCUAGCUUCCUGCGGCACCGCAGCAUCCACAGUGGAGAGACGCCGCACAGCUGCCACGCCUGCGGCAAACACUUCCGCCUCCUCACCUUCCUCAAGGCUCACCUGCAGACCAAAGGUCACCUGAGACGCACUCAGAGGCCGGCCCCUCUGACCUCUGAGCAGCAGGUUACAUGACCAAGAGCAUGUGGAGCCUCAGACAUCACAGUUAAAAGGGAUUUAACCACAGACAUGGAGGCCACGCCCCCACCUCUGGAUCAGGUUGGAUGAUCGGACCUCUGACCUUCUCCUGUGUGUGUGUGUGUGUGUGUGUGUGUGUGUGUGUGUGUGUGUGUGUGUGUGUGUGUGUGUGUGUGUGUGUGUGUGUGUGUGUGUGUGUGUGUGUGUGUGUGUGUGUGUGUGUGUGUGUGUGUGUGUGUGUGUGUGUGUGUGUGUGUGUGUGUGUGUGUGUGUGUGUGUGUGUGGAAUCAUGAGGUACUAACAGUCGAAAUAAUCUGAUUCCAUCCGGUUAAUAAAUACAAUUUCAUAAGACCUGAAAA